GCGACGCGAACUCUUCGCCCCAGUCGUUACUUGUGGAGCGGUGUGCGAUGAGUUGUAGAGCGACCAUGUCUUCUCCAAGGGCGAACGUCAUCGCCGUGCUGCUACUAGUCGGUGCCAUAGCGCUUCUGCUGCCCAAGACGGAAGCAGGAGGUGGCUUUGUGGCAGAUGAAGAACAGCGCCUCAACUUGCUAAGACCGCAUCGGAGCGGCCCACUUCGUCACCGGGUCGCGAGGGACGUCACUGGACUCAUCCGCGGUGUGCGGUGGUCCCCUGUCGGAGGCAGAUCUGCUCGGUCUCCUCUGCCGGCGCCAAAGACGGUGACCAAGGCAGCCGCACCGCUGACGCUUCCGGCGCUCACCAAGAGGGCGCACAACGUCGGAUCGGGUCCUAUUGUGCUCAAGAGCAAGAAGAAGAUCUUUAUCCCUAAGUUCACUUACGAUGGUGCUGGUCCAGAUGUGUACUUCUUGGUGGGCAAGGGAGCCAAGGUCACCCACAAGGGCGCUACCAAGAUCCCCACUCCGACUGGAGAAACCAAGAUAAAGAAGGGCUACACAGGCCAGGACGUGACACUGACGCUUCCGGGGAGCUUGACAUUCAACGAUGUCGACUGGUUCGCCGUUUACUGCAUCACCUACGAAGAGAACUUCGGUGAUGUGCGCAUACCGAAGAACCUUAACCUGCCUGCCAUCUGAGCACUGAUUCAUCUUUAGAUGUUGGGGGUUAAGAAACUCCGUUCGCUUUGUACACAGCUGGACAUUCUGGCCGGCAGAGAAAGAUGAGGCUCUCUGAAACGUGUAGUUAACACCAUGUGUGCUUUGUUGCAGAACAUGAAAGUUAACUGUCAUGCAAGCAAACUUGUGACCUACGCUUUGAUAAAAUAAGUACUUUGCAAACAAUGGUCUCGUUGCCGAACAGGUUAAAAUGCAUUCUUACCUUUUGAAGAGAGUCUCACCUUUUUCUUCAACUCGGUGCAUGUGUAAGCUAUCUGGACAAGCACAGAGUUGAAGCGUGCGUCACCACGUGCUGUAAGCGGAAAUGGUUUUCUGCCAAGUGCAAUGAAUAACUCCCAAGUAUCUUAUGUUUGUACCGCUAUCACAUACAGGGCGGGGAGAAUAGAAAAGGUGGCCCAUCCGGUUGACUUUGCACGCUAUACAAAAUGCUGUGUGCCGCCCAGCCUCAUAAUACGCCUUUCGCUUCAAAGAAACUGUUAUUAGUGUUUUCAUCCACUUCAACAUCUUGAUAUUAUUCAACAGGUUUUCUUCGGCCUUUUGAAACCACACGUCUUUUUUUUUUGUUCUUGCUUCACUGGACAUUACAUAUAGCAACCAUAUGGCCUCGGCCAGAAAGAAUAAAAAAACCGCCAUUUCAGCAAUAAAUGCAUGAAACUCGA